UCUUUCUUUCUUUUUUUUUCCCCCCUCUCCUUUUUUUGUGAAUGAAAAAAGGAGGUCGCGAGCGGGCCGCGGGACUGCAGCGCCCGGCGUCUUGGCGGCCGCGCCCCUGCCCUCCUGCGCUGCGCGUCGCCUGCAGCCUCCGCAGCCCGAGGACCCGCGGCGGCGGCGCGGCCCAGGCGCCCGAGGUCGGGGCGGCCGCGCGCAGCCCCCUCCAGCGCGCCUCCAUGACCCCGGGCGCCCGGGGCGCGGGGAGAUGCUGAUCCGGAAGAGGCGGUGGCUGCAGUGGCGCGCGCGCGGCCGCCCCCGGCCCGCCGUCCGGCCUGGGCGGCUCUGCCUGAGUUUCCGAUCCCGCGCGACCCGGGCCCGGAGCCUGUAGCGGCGGCGGCGGCGGCGGCGGCGGCGGCGGCGGCAGCGCGGCGGCCCCGCAUCGUCCUAACUUGCACGCGCGGAGUGACCCCAGACAUUUCACUAAAAUGAGCGUGCUUAGCAGGAAGAGAUGUGUUCCUUACACUAGAAAUUACCCCGUCACAUGUAGUGGUGUCCCAAUUAAUGGAUUCUGACAUGGAUUAUGAAAGGCCAAACGUAGAGACCAUCAAGUGUGUUGUGGUGGGAGACAACGCGGUGGGCAAGACCAGGCUCAUCUGUGCCCGGGCCUGCAAUGCCACCCUCACCCAGUACCAGCUGCUUGCCACCCAUGUGCCCACGGUUUGGGCCAUUGACCAGUAUCGGGUGUGCCAGGAGGUGCUGGAACGCUCCAGAGACGUGGUAGAUGAUGUCAGCGUCUCCCUCCGCCUCUGGGACACCUUUGGAGACCACCACAAAGACCGUCGCUUUGCUUAUGGGAGAUCCGAUGUGGUGGUUCUGUGCUUCUCCAUUGCCAACCCUAAUUCCCUGCACCAUGUCAAGACCAUGUGGUACCCAGAAAUCAAGCACUUCUGCCCCCGAGCACCUGUCAUCUUGGUGGGCUGCCAGCUGGACCUGCGCUAUGCUGACCUGGAGGCUGUCAAUAGGGCCAGGCGACCCUUGGCUAGGCCCAUCAAGCCCAAUGAGAUCCUUCCCCCAGAGAAAGGUCGGGAGGUGGCGAAGGAGCUGGGCAUCCCCUACUACGAGACCAGUGUGGUGGCCCAGUUUGGCAUCAAGGACGUCUUUGACAAUGCCAUCCGCGCUGCGCUCAUCUCCCGGCGGCACCUGCAGUUCUGGAAAUCCCACCUCCGCAAUGUGCAGCGGCCUCUGCUGCAGGCACCCUUCUUGCCUCCCAAGCCACCCCCCCCCAUCAUUGUGGUGCCCGAUCCCCCGUCCAGCAGCGAGGAGUGCCCCGCCCACCUCCUGGAGGACCCGCUGUGUGCGGAUGUCAUACUGGUGCUGCAGGAGCGGGUGCGCAUCUUUGCCCACAAGAUCUACCUCUCCACCUCGUCCUCCAAGUUCUACGACCUGUUCCUCAUGGACCUGAGUGAGGAGGAGCUGGGGGGCCCCUCGGGGCCAGGGGGCCCUCGCCCAGAGGACCACCGGGGUCACCCUGAUCACCACCACCACCAUCACCACCACCACCACCACGGCCGGGACUUCCUGUUGCGCGCGGCCAGCUUUGACGUUUGCGAGAGCGUGGAGGAGGGUGGGGGCUCUGGUCCUGCUGGGCUCCGUGCCUCCACCAGCGACGGGAUCUUAAGGGGCAAUGGAACAGGGUAUCUGCCUGGGAGGGGUCGAGUACUGUCUUCCUGGAGCCGAGCUUUUGUGAGCAUCCAGGAAGAAAUGGCAGAGGAUCCUCUCACCUACAAAUCCCGGCUGAUGGUGGUGGUAAAAAUGGACAACUCCAUCCAGCCGGGGCCCUUCCGGGCUGUUCUCAAGUACCUGUACACCGGAGAGCUGGACGAGAACGAGCGGGACCUCAUGCACAUCGCCCACAUUGCUGAACUGCUGGAGGUCUUUGAUCUGCGCAUGAUGGUGGCCAACAUUCUCAACAACGAGGCCUUCAUGAACCAAGAGAUCACUAAGGCCUUCCAUGUCCGCCGGACCAACCGGGUUAAAGAGUGCUUGGCAAAAGGCACUUUCUCAGAUGUGACCUUCAUCCUGGACGAUGGCACCAUCAGUGCCCAUAAGCCCCUGUUGAUUUCUAGCUGUGACUGGAUGGCCGCCAUGUUUGGGGGACCAUUUGUAGAGAGUUCUACCCGAGAGGUGGUGUUUCCUUACACGAGCAAGAGCUGCAUGAGGGCAGUGCUAGAGUACCUCUACACGGGCAUGUUCACCUCCAGUCCCGACCUGGACGACAUGAAGCUUAUCAUCCUGGCCAACCGCCUCUGCCUGCCACACCUGGUUGCCCUCACAGAGCAGUACACAGUGACCGGGCUAAUGGAAGCAACUCAGAUGAUGGUGGACAUUGAUGGGGACGUCCUCGUGUUCCUAGAACUGGCUCAGUUCCACUGCGCGUACCAGUUGGCCGACUGGUGUCUUCACCACAUUUGCACCAACUACAACAAUGUGUGCCGCAAGUUCCCUCGAGACAUGAAGGCCAUGUCCCCAGAAAACCAGGAGUAUUUUGAGAAGCACCGAUGGCCGCCUGUCUGGUACCUGAAGGAAGAAGAUCACUACCAGCGGGCGCGGAAGGAGCGCGAGAAGGAGGACUACCUGCACCUGAAGCGGCAGCCCAAGCGGCGGUGGCUGUUCUGGAACAGCCCCUCCUCGCCAUCCUCUUCUGCGGCCUCGUCGUCAUCCCCAUCUUCCUCCUCGGCUGUGGUCUGAGACGCCACUGCCCUCUUCUGACCCUGCUGCUGAUCUGUCCACUCGCCUUUGCCCCUCUGCUCUUCUGCAUCGCCCCCUCCACCCUCCAGGGACAAGGGAACCCCCGGUACCAGGACCCUGAGGGCAGAGCUGUUCUCACCAGCCCACGUAGCUCAACAAGGGGGGGGGGGGCUUGUGGAUCAGAACGGGGACCUCCCCUGCAGGGGACCCCAGUUCCAAAGCAGGGCAGGAGGCAGAUGACUGCUGGGAGGUGGGCGGCGAGGGAGGGUUGAGAGCUCUGGCAUCUGACUCUGGGGUGGAGAGCGCUGGCAUCCAAGGGAAACCCAACUGUGAGGCUGCGCAGAGGCAGCCCCCUCCCGGGAGCCACUGUGCACAGGGAGGGUCCUGUGUCUCUUGGCCAUGUUUUUCCAUCAAUGGACCUGAGGGCUGCAGAUGUUUUGUGGGCAUUUCCAUACAGCGCCUACUCAGAUCCCCACUGGAGAAGUCAGGGUAAUUAAGCCUUCAGACCCAACUUGAGGCUUCCGCAUCCUGGGGUGCAGCUGCCAAGGCCAAGGGGGGGAAGGCUUGCACUUGGCAGGCAUCCCUCCCUCCCGAGGCGGUAGGUGUCCAGGCCUAAUAAUGGGUGGCGGAGCCUGUUCAGAGCUUCGGGCCUAGGAGCAGUGGCUCUUGGUACAGUGAGAGACUCCUCCCUCCCCGUCCUUCACCUCUCAGAUCCAGAGACGGGAACCAAAGGAGACCACUGGAACAGGGGAGAGGAGAAAGUGAGUGGUGGGGUCUGGGCGCAGCAACCCCCUGCUCUUCUGGGCUCCUCCCCCUGCCUCUGGUCAGCACGGCUUCUUAGCACUGUGGGGCAAAAUUAGCAAAAAAAUCAAAAACAAAAAAAAAGAUCUCAAACAACAGCAAAAUCACCACCAACAAAGACACUUUAGCCACUAUCCCCUCAAAGAAAAAAAAAAAAAAACCGAAAAAGACCCUGUAUAGCUUACAAACAGGGGCCUUCCUGUUGAAGAGACAAAAGCUUAGGUUUGUAGGACUGAUUCCAGUGCCUGUCAGGAAAGGACCUGUCACCUGCUGGCUCUGAGGACAGCAUGCUAGGAUUGAGGCUUCGGGAGCAGGGGCAGGGUGGUCUCAGGGCUUGGACAUGGCAUUGGACCCCUGCUUUGCCCACUGCGACGCAUUAUCCUCCUUGACUUCAGAGAGUGACUUCACAGGAUGUGAAUGUGCUGGGGGUCAAAGGUCAGGGAAAGGGUACCUGGAGAACAGGAGUCCCUGUAAAUGACAGGUCAGAAGACGUGACCUCCAUUAGUGCUGGUUCCGGCAGGAAAAGGGGAGAAGUGAGUAGGAGCAAAGCAAAGUCAGUCCCAUGUAGAGGGGGACCAGGCUGGAGGAUGGUGGCGGCUAAGGCAGCAGUUGGCAGCCCCACAGGGAAAAGCUGGGCCACAUUUAACCCUUCCCCCAUUUUGUGAUCCUGACCCAUAUUUCACCCCCCACACCGUAUGUAGACAUAAAGGUCCUACUGAUGACCUGUGGAACCCUGGAGUGGGCUCCACCAGCAAGACCCUGGCUUUAGAUCCGGGGUCAAGCAAACCAGAAACCGAGGGAAAGUCAGCAACAGUUUUGUGGUACUGGGACCUAGGGAUCUGAUGGUAAGUCCUCGGUAAGAGCAGGAGCAGGAGCAGGAGGUGGCAGGUCUAGAGUGGCUGCACCCCCUGCUGUCUGAGCCACACACUUCUCAGAGCCUGCAGCUGCCUCUUCUCCAGGGUGGCUGGCUGGCUGGCCAUGCUCCUGCCUGCUAAGUCCUCGUCCUUGGCUUCGUGGCCAGGCUGAGGAGGCAACAGGCUGGGGCAGGAGGCAGCUCGCAAGGGGGAGUGCAGCCCUGCACCCAGCACUUUUGCUCUGGGUUGUUCUGGAAACUUGGUGAGGAGGAGAGAAUGCUAAAGUCUAGUGGGAGAGGGAGUGGGUGUCUGAGCUUGUGGGGCUAAGUGGUGUGGCCCGCUGAGGAUGCAGACAGAUCAUAGAGAAAGGAAGGGUGGCCCAUGGGAGAGGGAGCCACAGGACCACCCUAACCACCAGGGUGGGCUCAGGGUCCCACUGCUCCUUCCAAGCUGUACUAAGGGGGCCCAGUGGGCCUAGGUGUGAGCCAGAGACCACCUGAGGGAGCCAGUCCAGGGCUAGUGUUCCACAUAGGAGAGGGAGGGAAGAGGGAAUGAAUUCCAGGCCCCCAAGAACAUGGCAUUUGGAAAUCCAGGUAGACAGGAAGGACAAGCCCCAAGAACACACACCCCUGUACUCGUGUCACUCAAAGCUGCUUCCGAGGAGAGUGGGAGGGUGGGGGAGAAAAAACACACACACCUCUUUUUAUAUAAGGUUUCAUAUUUAAUUUGGUCAUGAAUUCAUAAAUACAUGAGUAUUUUGUACCUAAUGGCCUUCCUUGUAUUGUUUGAUAUGUCCAACAACCUCCUCAAAGGUGGCCCCUCCCACUGGAGAGAAGCAUGAAAGGACACUGAUCGCCAAUGAAACACUUAAGUGCCUGUUGAGGGCCAAGUGCCAUUUGGACUGGAUCCGCCCCGUGCCCUGAUGCAGCUUACCUUAAAUGAGUAAGCGUGACAAACACUGAUAAGGCUAAUACCGUGGCGGGGCACUCGAGUCCUCUGACAAAGGGACUGCAGGUGAGCUGAACGCUGACUGGCAAAAAUUCACAGCCCCUUCUGCAGAUGCAUAGAAGGGACAGCAGAGGCAGGAAACCUCGAGUCUCCCAGGAAAGGGAAGGGGCAGGCGGGCACCUCUGGAAGGAAGCAGGAGGGAGGUGAGCAGCAAGGCCGUGAGGGUUGUGCCCCCACUUGAGCACCAGUACCCUGACUGCCUGAGUGUUCAGGCAACUCCAUUUGGGCGCAGCCAAUGGAUCCAGUCUGGGCACUCCCAGACCUUUGAGAUGAGAAAGCUGGAGAACCCUGAGAAUAACUUCUAUAACAUCAUCCCGACAUGACUGGAAUACAGGUAGGGUGGAAAGGGGGCUGAAGAUGAAGAUGGGGCUGAAGGUCCACUCAUGUGAUCUGCAAUGUCACGUGACAUAGAACCUAUUUGCCACCUCAGAGCUAACCCGUCUCCCAACCCGCCCACAUCUAUAGGCAAGGAGGAGGCCCUCACGUGCCUGCCCUGGGCACCCAGACACAGGGCUGCAUGAGGACACCGCUUCUCCUCACUCUCCUUACUUGGAAACAUCAGCUUAUGAGUAAUAUACGUAUUCAUACACCCAUGUAAUUAUCAUGUUGAAAAGAGUGGGCACUUCAGGAGUUUCUGGUCAUCUGAUUCUGGAAAACAGCAUAUGAGGGAGAAUUGGAACCCGCCAUCCCCAUCCCCAGAGGUGGGCUGUUUGACCUUCUCCCUUUGUAUGCGAACUCAUUUUAUGAUUGGCUGCUCCCAUUAAGGUAAUCCAUGUAAUCAAACUAAUAAGUACAUUUCAAAAAGUUCUACGCACUCAUAUAAACAUAUACAAAAAUAGGAAGAUGCACAUCCUCUAUUAAUAGAUAUAAGUAAAUGCACACAUGCCAACAUGAUUGCAUCUUACAAUAUAACAAAUACAAGUAGCAAGUGCAAUUCUAUUAGGAUGAGUAAGGCCCAUGAAUCAAAAAGAAAGACGCACUAAAACAACCUGCAGGCCACACAUGAGCAUAUAAAGGCACACCUCGGAGACACUGCAAGUUUGCUUCCAGAGAAACCCAAUAAAGCAAAUAUCACAAUAAAGUGGGUCAAAUGAAUUCUCUGGUUUCCAAGUGCAUACAAAAGUUAUGUCUGCACUAUACUGUAGUCUAUUAAAUGUGCAAUAGCCUUAUGUUUUAAAAAGUCAUGUAUUAAAUUAAAAAAUACUUUAUUGCUAAAAAAAAUGGUAACCAUCAUCUGAGCUCUCAGCGAGUUGUAAUCUUUUUGCUGGCAGAGGCGCUUGCCUCGAUGUUGGUGGCUGCUGACUGAUCAGGGUGGUGGCUGCUGAAGGUGGGAAUGGCUGUGGCAAUUUCUUAAAAUAAGACACCAAUGGAGUUGGCUGUGUUGAUUGACUCUUCCAAUUUCUCUGUAGCACGCGAUGCUGUCUGAUAGCAUUUUACUCACAACAGAACUUCUAACAAAAUUGGAGUCGGUCCUGUCCAACCUGCCGCUGUUCUAUUGACUGAGUUUACUCAACGCUCUAAAUCUUUCGUUGUCAUCUCAACAAUCUUCCCAAAGUCUUCUCAGGAGUAGAUUCCAUCUCAAGAAACCACUUUCUUUACUCAUACACAAGCAGCAACUCCUCAUCUGAUCAUGAGAUGGCAGCCAUUUGGUUCCAUCUUCAGGCUCUACCUCCAGUUCUACUCCUCUUGCUCUUUCCCCCACACUUCCUCCUCUGAAGUCUUGAAUCCAUCAAAGUCAUCCAUGAAAGUUGUAAUCAAAUUCUUCCAAAUAUCAUGUUGAUAUUUUGACUUCUUCCCAUGAAUCACAAAUAUUCUUAAUGGCACCCACUUAGAAUGGUGAAUCCUUGCCAGAAGGUUUUCAAUUGACUUUGCCCAAAUCCCUCAGAAGAAUCGCUAUGUAUGGCAGCAACAGCCUUACAGAAUGUAUUUCUUAAAUAAUAAGACUUGAAAGUCUAAUGACUCCUUGAUCUCUAAGCUGCAGAAUGGAUGCUAUGUGAACAGAAAACAACAUUCAUCGCAUUAUACGUCUCCAUCAGAGUUCACGUGUGACCAGGUGCAUUGUCAAUAAGCAGUCGUAUUUUGAAAAUAAUAUUUUUUUCUGAGUGGUAGGUCUCAACAAUGGACUUAAAAUAUUCAGUAAACCAUGUUGUGAUCUGAAGUGCCAUCAUCCGGGGUUUGUUGCUCCAUUCACAGAGCAUGGGGCAGAGUGAACUUAGCAUAAUUCUUCAGGACCCUGGGAUUUUCUUUUUUUUUUUUUUUUAAUUUUUUAUUUAUUUAUGAUAGUCACACAGAAUGAGAGAGAGACAGAGAGGCAGAGACACAGGCAGAGGGAGAAGCAGGCUCCAUGCACCGGGAGCCCGACAUGGGAUUCGAUCCCGGGUCUCCAGGAUCGCGCCCUGGGCCAAAGGCAGGCGCUAAACCGCUGCGCCACCCAGGGAUCCCAGGACCCUGGGAUUUUCAAAAUGAUCAAUGAGCUCUGGCUUCAAUGUCAAGGCACCCGCAGCAUUAGUCCCUAAGGAGGGGUUCGGGCUGUUCCUUGAGGCUUUGAAGCCAGGCACUGACUUCUCCUCCCUCUAGCUAUGAAAGUCCUAGCUGGCAUCUUCUCCCGAUAGAGACCAUUUUCUCUACAUUGGAAAUGUGUUGUUCAGUGUAGCCUCCUUCAUCACUUAUCCUGGCUGGAUCUCCUGGAGAACGUGCUGCAGUGUCUACACCAGCACUGGCUGCUUCACCUUGCACUGGGUUGUGGUAGAGACGGCUUCUGGCCUUAAACCUCAUGAACCCAUCUCUGGUAGCUUCCACCUGUUCUCCUGCAGCUUCCUCACUGCUCUCAGCCUUCACAGAACUGAGGAGAGUCAGGGCCUUGCUCAGGAUAGGCUCUGGCUUAACAGAAUGUCCUGGCUGGUU